CUAAUAGUUUAGAGUUCAAGUAUUUACUUACCUAAGUACAUAAUUCAACAGGUCCCUUUCAAAAAUUACACCUACCUACGCAGUUUUUCCAUCAUUCUCCAAAUAAUUUGUAUAUAUCGGUGCACCUAACAUACUACCACAUACUACUACAUACUACAUACCUACAUAUCAACAAUGUCCCUAGCUCAGGAGUGGGAAUCCUUCAAGACACCUCCCGCCAAGGAAGUAGCACCAGUUCCGCAAGUCGGCUCUCCGGCUCCCGUACACGACAAUCUCACCCUCCCAACAGACAAGCCCACCGUCAUCGUAUUCCUACGCCAUUGCGGCUGUCCAUUUGCAGAAAAAGCCUUUAGGAACCUAACCGCGAUAUCGACGCAAUACAAGGACGUGCAUUUCAUCGCGGUUUCACAUUCCUCGCCCGAGACCACGGAGCGCUGGGUCAUAGAGGUCGGCGGCAACUGGGAGGUACAAGUGGUCGUCGACUACGAGCGAGAGCUGUACGCGCGUUGGGGUCUAGGCAUCGGGACGACGUGGCAGAUCAUGGGCCCCAUGUCCCUGUAUAAGACAUUCCGCCUAGGCAAGGACGAGAACAUCUGGAACCGCGCCACCGAGAGCGGAAACAGGUGGCAGACCAGCGGCGCUUUCGCCAUCGAUCAGGACGGCAUUGUGAAAUACAGCAGGGCCGCUGCGUCUUCUAGUGAACUCCCGGACCUGGAGGCUGCCCUGACGAGUCUUGGUGUAAAGCUUAAGCCGAAACCGCCGCCGGAGCCGAGGACGGACGGGUUUUUAUGAGCGGGGAGCUAGGCAUGAUACUCGUGAGGAAGAAGAUACCUAGUACCCUACGCCCGGCAGUCUAGGGCUGGGGUGUAUUGGAUGCUUGCUAUGAGCAAUACUACGGGUUGUUGUUGAUAAGAGGUAGAUUGCGUUUGACAUGUGGCGGAACGAUUUAUGUGGCGCUUGAUAGACUCUGGGUUCUAAGACUGGAAUUAAUGAUGACGAAUAAUAUGAAUAUGAUUAAGGAUAACUUCAUUUACUACGUGUCCAUCACCGGGUUCACUUGUUAAAGAUUGCAAUUUGGCCUUUCGGUCCAGCCUUAUGAUUACAAAUAUAAGUAUUAUAGUUAAGUCCCCUACUAGAUUAUAAG